GCUCUACCUAAGGUACCUCGAAGAAGAUAGCUCUGUUCCGAAUUUGGUGCACAAUCUGUUUAAUUUAUGACUUGGGCUGAUCGUUGUUCCCAGGAUUUGAGCCCAGUUCGAGCGUAUUGAGCUGGACGAUUGCCACAUUGCACUACAGGUUCGAAAUAUUAAGUUAGGGGACUAAGAAUUGACGAUUGCGAAUUGAAGAUGGAAAACGAGGCGGUAUCUGAUUCCUACGAUGUAGUGGUCGUGGGAGCAGGAAUCAUGGGCGCCUGCACCGCAUACGAACUAGCGAAGAGGAAGAAGUCGGUUCUUCUGAUCGAGCAAUUCGACUUCCUCCACCGACGGGGUUCAUCUCAUGGCGAGUCAAGAACAAUCAGAAUCACCUACCCGGAGGAGUACUACACUAUUAUGAUGGCAGAGGCAUACAAUUUAUGGGAGGAGGCCGAGCGAGACGCAGGCUACGCCGUGUACACAAAAACGGGGCAAUUGGACUUCGGGCGCCGAAGCAAUUCAAGCCUCGCCGCCACCGUGUCCACCUUGCAGAAGCUGGAGAUCGAGCACGAACUUCUCACCCCGGCGCAAGUCUCCGCCCGCUUCCCCAUGAUGGAGCUCCCUGACGAUUUCCACGCCGUGUACACGCAGCAAGGAGGAAUCCUCGCGGCUUCCAAAGCCGUCUCCAUGUUCCUCGCCCUGGCAGCUAAACACGGAGCCACAUUGCGCGAUCGAACCAAGGUUCUCGACAUUCGGCCUCUGGGAGAUGAUGGCGAUGAAGGAGUGCUGAUCAGCACCGGCCAGGGCUCCGUCCGAUGUGACAAAUGUGUCAUCACCGCGGGCGCGUGGGCGACCAAAAUGGUGAAAGACAUCGCCGGGCUGCAGAUUCCGGUGGUUCCUCUGCACACGACCAUCGCCUACUGGCAAGUGGACCCGAAGCAGCCCGACCUCUGCUCCAAAGCGCAAGGCUUUCCCUUGAUAAUGAGCUACGACGAGCCUCUCAUCUACGGCACUCCGGUCGCCGAGUACCGCGGCCUGAUGAAGGUCAGUUACCACUCGGGCUCUCCUUGCGACCCCGACACGCGGUCGGUGGCGCCCGACCUCCAGGGCCUGAAGGAGUUCGUAUCCCCGUGGCUGGCCGCCGUCUUCAAGGGCAAUGUGGACCAUCGUGCUCCCGUCCUGGCCGAAGGAUGUCUUUACAGCAUGACUCCCGACGAGGAUUUCAUCAUCGACACCUUACCUGGUCGCAACCGCAACAUCGUCAUCGGUGCGGGAUUCUCCGGCCACGGCUUCAAAAUGGCACCCCUGGUGGGUCGAAUCCUGGCGGAUUUGAGUCUCACGGGCUCUGUUCCCGGAAUCCCGAUGCACUACUUCUCACUAGAGCGGUUCGAGCGCAAUCCCUCUGGCAAUGUCAAGGACUUCGGAGCGUUUGUCCAUUUACCAUCCGAGGGGAUGCAGAAGUUGAGUGUGUAGGAGUGCCUCAUGAACAUCGAAUUGGCAGCUCUAGGAGAUGCCCGUGAGGUAUGUACAGAACAUUUGUCGACUACACGAUUCAAUUGUACAGAUUCGGUUCCGAUUUCCACCGGCUGGAACUUCAUCAUGAUACGUGUUACUGUCUUGGAAAUCCAUCUCCACGAGCCUGAAACUGAUCAAAUUGGACUAUAGGCGAUGGGCCUCUUCUCUUCAUCGAGGUAGAGCAUCUCGGUGACAGUAGCUCCUAUAUUCAGACUCUACAACAUUCAAUCCUUUUCCAGAGCACCAAGUUUCUGUGUAAAUGAUGUUGUCGGAUCAUAACUCAUCUCUGGCAUUCUAGCGCAGGUAUUAGUUAUUUAUGCAUCCUCAGAAUAUGUUGGACGUGGGAUGUGUUACGAAGUCUUCGAUGGUAACCCCAACCCUUGUGGUCUGGUGCGUCGGUAAUGUUCUGAAUGCGUAUGAGUUGUUAUUUCCUUGUUUGCAAACACCAACUGCUAUGGAAAUAUGACGAUGUUGUAGUGCUGGUCCCCGAUUUAAUCAUAGAUCUUUGUAGGACCUUCAUGACAGGUCCAGUUUGAAGAUGCAUUUAAUUAAGUUGACAGAAAUCUUCGAAAUGCAGAAAGGGUUACCACAAUCCAUGCAACCAUCAAAUAUAUAAUGAUGUCAAAGGUUCUAACGGUACAAACACAAAGUUUUUGAAACAGUUUUGUAUAUUGCGUUGUGAAUUCACG